UUUUACCAGUGAACUCGGUCCAUCAUCUAUACGCCACCACGCUCGGCAUAGCACGCUCUGCACGCGCAGAAGAAGACGUUCACGCUGCACGCAGGGCACGCGUCGUGCUCCUAGCUUCGCCCACGCAAGAGACAACGGCGUCUCUAACCCUGGCCACGAAGCCCAACCGUUCUGCAGCACCCCGGAACUCGGAAAUUCGCUGCAUCGCUGGGCCUUAUAGGCGGAACAGCAAACAUGUCGAAGAAGCCGCCGGCGAGCGACGGGCAGCUCGUCAGGAUCGAGGAAUCCGCCGACAGUCGCCCUUCAAGCCGCCAGGAGCAUCGGGAGGACACGGAGGCUCAGGCCACCACCGCUGCCUCUCACGCGAUUGGCUACAAGAGCGAAAUAGGACCGGAUCACUCGACAUGGACAGGCCGAACCGAACGCACGACCGCUUCACCCAUCCGAGGCCGCUGCCCGCAAAGCAGCGACAAUUGGCAGACCGAGCAGGCACCUGCCGCCACGGUAGGCACCGCGCGCCAUUCGCGUAGCAUUCAACGCCCAAGCAAGACGUCGGAGAAGUCCAAGCAUCAACAGAGCAGACCCGCGCUCGAUAGAUCGGCGACCACCAAAGCGAAGGUACCGAAAGGCGCCGUCAAUGCACACAAGAAGGCGGGUUCGGUCCGCGGCAGACAGACGACCAGGCACAAAGGCCAGGCAGGCCAGGCCGGGCUGCCGGACCGACGAGCUAAUCCCGCCGCCGAAGCAGAUGUCAGUGGCACUCACCCUAACCAGGGGCAAAAGGCGACGAGAGCGGACGAUGUGGACGAGUUGUCGACCGCCCAAUCUUAUUUGGCGACUUUCUACGCUCUGGCCACCACUUUAGCGGCCACUCUCGCCGCGCUCCUAUCGGCCCCUAGCCAACAACCACAAGUCGCGAGCAGCAGUCCCGGUGAUUUCUGCUCCACGUCUGCGGCUUCAACUGUCCAGAACGCUUCGGACCAACAGGGGCUAUCGUCGAGGUAUCAUUCGCACAACCUGAAACAAUCGAGUCUGGCCCCGGACGUCUGCAGCCCAAGCUCUCCUGGUGCAACUUCCGCGGAGAGCGAGAAACCGAUAAGCGGACGUGUGUCCCAGGGCCUCAACGAACUUGUAGCCAAGAUGCUUCAGGAUGUUCCAUCGAUCGAACUGGCGAAGGUGCCAGAGGGCGCCGCGAGCGCAAGCACCACCGAUCACGUCCGCCCCGUUGCGCGCUCCCCAGGUGUCGCUCAGGGUGCGGCCAGAGCGCGCAAAGGCGACAUGACUGCCUCGCCCUGCUCGCCCACCACCAGGGCGCUGAAGGAAGCUGCGACAAUCCUCAGCAUGAAGCCCUUGCGGUUUCCUGGAAUGAAGAAGGACGACAUGAUCAGGAUGAGGGUCCUCACCAUCGCCUCGAUUGUUGUGACGGUCACCGUUAUCCUCGGCGUCAUUGCCUUCGCGAUCAUCACCCACCACCGCGGCACCAAGCUGAAGAACUACUGCGACACGGAUGGCUGCCUGUACCACGCUCGGACGCUCACGCGCAAACUGAACCAGAGCAUCGACCCGUGUGUCGAUUUUGCCGCGUACGUCUGCUCCGCCUGGGUACCCUCGGGCGUGUACAGCGAGCAGACCAAGUCGCCCAUAGAUGGCAUCCUCUACUCUCGGUUCAUCGGCUUCCCGGAAAUGCUAGCCAACGGCGCUCGCGAGCUUCCGGUGGGAGAGAAGGCGCGCGCCAUGCACGUUGCCUGCAUGGAUUCCGCAGCCCAAGCCGUAGCCAACAUCGAAGAGUUUCGACGCCUUAUGCAGGCCAUGAGGUUAAGCUGGCCGGAACCACCUCGCGAAGAUUCGAAUGCCCUCGGCGUCCUGCUUUCGCUAGCAUUCCAGUGGCAGAUACCGCUGUGGAUCGCUGUCCACACGCCCGCGUUGCAGAAGACCGACUGGCGCCUGAGGAUCAGACCGGGGGACUACAUACCGUUGCUGAAGAACCAGUACGUCAGCGUGACGAGCGGCGACGGGUAUGUGGGCUACUGGCUUGGGUUCUACAACGCUUUUCGUACCAGCGCCACCAUUCCUUUAAGCAAGCCCCAAAUAGAAGGCGUCGCUGAUGCCGAGGGUCGCAUACUCGAGCAACUGAACAAGGCGUUCAUCUCGAAGAAGAAAAUCCCGGCCGUGUUGCAGCUCGCCGUCAUAGGGAACUUCACCGCCCCUGUCUCCUCAUUGGAGUGGCUGGAGCAGUUGACUCUGAGCCUGGCGUUCAGCCCCAAGUUCGUCGCGAGCGACCAAAUUGCCGUGAGCGACACGGGCUUCCUGGCAGCGGUGGCAGGCCUCUUCGCGAACUACACCCACCAAAGGCUAAUCGAACAGCUGUCUUGGCUCUUCGUCCAGGCGUACGCGCCCAUAUCGGAUCCGAAGCUGCAGACGGCUCGCUACGGCGACACGUGGAAAGCAGACAGGUACAGGCCCAUACUGUGCGCCCAUCACGUGGAGUCUUCCAUGAAGAUGCUAGUCUUCGCGCUCAACUACGUUUCCGGUUACACUCAGCGGGACACCGAGCUCGUCAAUACUGGCCUCACUAGCCUGAUCUACGCCGCCUCCAGUAAGAUCAACAGCUCCGGAUGGCUGGACGAAGAGAGCAAGGCGCGCGCUGCGAGGAAGAUAGAGUCCGUGCUAACGUUCCUCUGGCCGGCGAAGCAAUGGAUCCGCAACGAAUUCCUCAGUUCUCUGUACAAUGACUACCCGAGCGAGGAAGAAACUUUCGGCGAUUACUGGAUAAAGGCCCGUUUCGCCGUGGCGAAGCACGACAGGACAGCCGAGUUCGAGGCUACGCUGAGCCUGCCGAGUAAUAUUCCGCCACCCAACUUUGGCUACGAUUACAUCACCAACAGCAUCGCCUUGCCUAUCGGCAUAGUCGACCGGCCGUUGUACUACGGGGAUGGAAACAAGGCCAUGUUCUACGGCGGCCUCGGAUUCCUCAUAGCUUUGCAGAUCGCCUCCGCGCUGGACAGUGUGGGCAUCACGUGGGACGCCGAAGACAGGAGCGUCGCGUCCAUCAUCGCGAGCGACGCGUCGAUGAAGGCUUUCGAGGUGAAAGACGGUUGCCUCGAGGACGAAGGAAUCGAGAGCAUAUUUCCCGAAGUGCCGGCGCUGGAAAUCGCUUACGCCGCGUUUCAGCGCGCCGUUCGAAACGACAAGGACGGCGCACCGGCGGCACUGCCAGGGUUGUCGCCGGACAAGGUGUUCUUCAUGACCCUGUGCUACAUGGCCUGCACGAGGCUGGACGCGAAGCACGCUUUCGGUGCCGACUGCCACAAGGCUGUCCGCAACUCGCCGGCUUUCCAAGCGGCAUUCAGCUGUCCCAGCGGCUCAAAAAUGAACCCGACAAAAAAGUGCAGUUUCUUCUACUGACGCGAAACGCGUUGUGAGAACACUUGCGUAUAGCCAGGACGUGCCUCACAUCGUUCGCACAAGCACUUCUUUUGUGCACUUUUCGUCUGUUUUGCAGGUGUUCGGCGUUUCUACGUAUACACUAUUAUACUAAGUGUUGUGUGUGAUUAGCCGAAUUGCUCGAUUUCUCGUGAACUCGAAUGUUUUUCUCUCACCCAAUUUCUUUGUCUCUUUUUUUGUUAUCAUUAUUUUUACUCGCCUUUAUGUGAGUAUGCAUCCAUUUUUGCAAAGGAUGCUGCUUCUGUGAACUGGUUCAGCCACAAAGCAGUGUUCGAAUUCAUUCCGAGUUUAACCGCUUCCACAUCGCGUUGCAUGUUUACUAGUUUUAAAGUGAUCUGUCUGACCAUAGAAUGUAAACACAUUGCACGUAACA